CUUGCCUCUAGCAACUUGAGUACCGUAACACGCCGACCAGUUCACCUCAAUCUGCAUUCGCUCUUUUGCUUCCUCGUGGUCUCUCACUCGCACUUCGAUUUUUCGUCCUAAAGGUGCAACCUGAGGUGCCAGCAUGGAAUUCGAAGACGUCAUCGAGAAGGCCGGCGGUUAUGGCAAGUUCCAGAAAAUACUGGUUUGGGUCUACCUUGCACCCGCAUCGUUCUUCAUGCCCGGAUGCUUUAUGAACCAAAUCUUCAUGCUGUCCGUGCCUCAGCACUCCUGCCUGUUGCCAGACUUGGGAGAAGUGUUCAACCUUACGGGGGGCGACCUCGAGCUACUACAUGACCUCCUUGUCAGCAAGGACAACUGUGAGGUGUAUCCGCUCUCCGCGUUCAACGCCAGUGCUGUGCAAAUGUAUCUGGAUCACGCUGGCGAUGAGAACUGGACAAGGCUACAAGUGCCAGGUCUCGAAAGGAUACCCUGCGCGCAGUUUACCUACGACAAGACAAACUACGAAAGCACUGCAUCAACACAGUGGAACCUGGUAUGUGACAGAGCUCACUUGCCCAGUCUUGUCUUCACGCUAUGCAGCGUCAGCUGCGCCGUGGGGACAGUAUUACUCGGCAUGCUGUCGGACAGGAUCGGUCGGAGGUACAUGUUCUUCAUAACUGUGGUGGUAGCUGUGCUGUCCGGGCUCUCUUCCGUUUUGGUCACCAACUUCACAGCGUUCGCCACACUGCGAGCCCUCAACGCAAGCGUCAUGCCGCAGAUGUUUCAGCUGCCAUAUAUUAUACUUCUGGAGCUCGUGGGGCCGAAGCAGCGGACCAUGAUGCUGGGUGUGAGCUGCAUCGCGUGGACCGUGGGCCUCUGCAUCCUUCCCCUGCUAGCCUACGUGUGCCGGUCCUGGAUCUUGCUCGGACUCAUUUGCUCGGCCUGCGCCAUACCCAACAUGUUUUACCUCAAGUUGAUCCCCGAAUCACCGCGAUGGCUGCUCUCCCAGGGUCGUGUGAAGGAAACACUAAAAAUUCUUGAGCGUAUCGCCAAGAGAAAUGGUGUUAAACUGCCUGAAGACCUCGAAUCUGACCUCCUGAAAGUACAGCACAAGCUUGCCGAAGAAAAGGUCGUCGCGGAAUCAUCGUCAGCAGACCUGCUCAGGAAGGCUAGAAUUCGAAGGCAUAUUCUUAUCGUCACCGCAAGCUGGGUGGCCAACAACUGUGCCUACUACGGCCUGCACAUCAACGUGAGCAACAUGAGCGGCAACGAGUUCCUCAACUUCUUCCUGCUGGGGCUCGUUGAGUUUCCUGCUUCGUUCGCGGCCUGGUGGACCAUGGAGCACUAUGGCCGGCGGUGGACGAACGUCGGCUACCAGCUGCUCGUCAGCAUGGCCUGUGUCGCAUCUUGUUUCAUUCCAUCGGGAGCCAUCGUGGCCGGUGUCACAGCAUCGCUCAUCGCCAAGUUUGCUUGCACAGCUUCCUUCAUGAUUAUGUAUCAGCAAGCUGCCGAACUGAUGCCCACGCCGCUACGAGCGUUUGCACUUGGCUCAUCGUCGGCCUUUUCUUCGGGUUUUUGCAUCUGCAUGCCCUACAUUAUAUAUCUCGGCAAGUACGGCAUGUGGAUUCCGUUCCUGUUUCUUGGUGUGCUGGCGGCGACUGCUGGCAUCUCUUCGGCAUGGCUUCCAGAGACAUACGGCUAUGCCCUCUGCCAGACCAUUGAAGAUGCGGAAGAUUUCGGAAAGAAUCGCAAGUUUUUCUCUUUACAUCUGGUGAAGGACCGCAAGGGCUACAAUGACAAGGAGGAAAAACCAAAAGAGUUGAAACCUUUAGGAGACGACGCCGACGCAAAAACAUGAGAAUCCAGGCAAUUGAGUCAUCGUUCCCAGUCAUCAAUGUUUUAGCAUCACACUAUUUCGAAUCAUUGUAAAUGUCAGGAACAAUCGCAUUACCGCAAUGAGAAUUUUUUUUUUAGCUUUUUGAAAGUGAUUAAUUUCGUUUAGUGUAGAGAGAAUGACCAUCGCUACAUAUUCCUUUGGAGGCGAACAUAUUUUUACAUCAUUAUCAUUGCUCAACGCUCAUACUUGGCUUAACUCAUGCGCGACAUUAGUUUUAAGAAAGCCUACGUAAAAUCCCGUAAGGGCACCCUCCCCCGUAAAAUCGCCCAUCCAGUUUUUUUUUUUUUUUUUUGAGGGGGGGGGGUUAAAUAUCUAAAACAUCAAAAAAAAACGAAAUGUUGCCCACCCCCUAUCCCCGUCGGACAUCACGUGAUGUCCGAUGGGCGUGACCUGCGGUACCGGCACGUCUGACGAGGGAGUUUCCACCGGGUUCACGCGUUUUUGUUCGUGAUCUGCGCGUGGGAUAUCAGUUCAUGUGACGUGCAACUUGAUGCUGCGUGUUUAUUGCAUCGUAAAAUGCAAGCCUGCUGCGUCCGCGAUCCGCUGUAUUUGUUCCCGUGGCAUGCGCGUUCAUAGUGGGUUCCCGCGUUUUUGUCCACAAUCUGCGCAAGCGAUAUCGGUUCCCGAGACGUACGAGUUGUCCCGAAUGUUUGUUGUACCGUGAAAUACAAAUCUGCUCCAUCCGCGAUUUGCGGCAUCGGCUCCCAUAACUUGCGAGUUCGCGGCAGGUGCCCGCGUAAUUUUCGCGCCGUGUACUGUGUUUGCAAGAUUCUAACGCACAUUUGUUUUUCCGCCAAAAAGGUGCCCAAAAUCACAUUCGCGUUACAAUCGAAACCAAAAAUCGAGGCUCAAGAAAAACUCAAUACUCGGUAUAAGGUGGCUAGCCCCCUCGCCAUAGUAACCGUAUGUUUACAUUCGCGAUUUUGGUAUUCGUAUCGCGCGCAUUCUUUCGCGUCUACGGACUCGUGUCCGCCUUUUUAAGAUGGAAAAGAAAAUCCACUCAGAGGCUUUAUUUAAACUAAAGGCGGUCAGUCUGGCGGAAAAGAUAACAACGGAGCAGCACGGCGUAGGCUCCCAAUCCCAGCGUCCCGACGAUCCCGCGAAGUGUUGCUUGGAAGACGACCCUCCCAGAGGGGACGGUCGCGCACUUGUACGUGCGCAAGAAGCGCGGCACUUAAAACGCUUUAGACGAAAGCAGAGAUCACCUCUGUGGCAAGCGAGGAACCAUCGUCGGUCUCUCACAACGGCGUCUAGUGCACGGCAUUUAUUCUUGUGUGGGUGUUCGUUUCAUACAACCCCUUCUAUGAAAUAUUUGUUCAAUCUUCAGCAUUUUACCUGUGCCGUGGAAUCGGACACAAUUUACUUUCUGAAUAUCUGAAAGCUAAAUCUGACUGCGCGUUAUAGAAUCCGUGGCGCGUUAGAAUCGUGCAGACAUAGUGAAGCGAGUCUGCUGCGUCCGAAGCCCCUUUUACUAUGACACAGGAUGUCGUAGCAAGUUACCGCGUGUUUAUCGCACCAUAAAAAUAACAUCUGCAGCGUCCGCAUUCUGCGGUAUUAGUUCCCGUUUUAUGUGAGUUGUAGCGGUGCCUUAUCACCUUUUCUUAUACAUUUUUGCUGUCCCAUCCCCAAAGAUAGCCCACCCCAUGUUUUUCCCAAUUUACUGCUUCAUUUUGGGUGGGCGUCCUUACGGGAUUUUACGGUACGUGCUUCCACAUCGGCGCGGACACCGAGUCAUUCCGCAAUUUCCAAAGCGCAACAACCAAAGAAGACCCGGGAGUCAUAUUUCUUCAGCGGCUAGUUGCGUGAUAGUCACUGUGUUGACCGAAUUACCACUGGAAUAAGUCUGGAGACCGUGUGCCACACUUGUACCAAAAGCAGCCGUAGGUGGUUAAACGAAUAGGGUGAUAACAAUAACCCACAGCGGCAUCCAAAGUCACAUCCGCCGAAUCAAUAGAUCGUUAAACAACGCGGACGUAACUUACGGCGAAUAAAGUCGCCGUCCCGAUGUUACCGGCGCAGCAGCAAUAAAUUGUGUGAUCCACAACAACCGUGCCGUUGGAUUAUCGGCCAUGUGACAACCGAAGAUUAUUCGAUGAGAGCCCCAAAGAAACGAAGUAGAAAGCCUUAAAGAUAAUAAGAAAUAAAGGGCGUGGCCUACUGUGCUCAGUCUUCUUCUUUUUUCGUGUAUGUGUGUUAUUUGUCGGCUAAUUACGCACUUUUAAUAGCUGUCGAAAAGUAAUUAGA